CCACUGCCGCCACCACUGUAUGCAGUGGAGUCUUCUAGGCCUUGAUUGCAUAUCGAAGCAUGGCACUAAACCCACCAUUCUUCACCUUGAUCCGUCCAUCGAGUUCUGUAUUUAGAGGUGAUCCGUGCGGGACACGCUGACUACACGCACUCAGUCAAGUGAAGGAGCUCUCAGCCCCAACCGAAAGUCAAUCGUAUCUUUAUUUUCUAUUAUUAUGAGUUCAGUUUAGAGUGUUUUGCAAGAAGAUGGUGCUGAAAUACCUCGUCAUUGCAGUGUGUGUUCUGCACUCAUGCCACCCACAACUCUUUCGCUCUGGUCAGAAUGGACAAGUUCGCGUUGAUUUGGGCGGAAUCCUUGGGGGCCUCGGACAAUUUGGUGGUAGGCCUAAUAACAACAACAACUUUAAUAAUGGAAACCGGCCCAACAACCCCUUGGGAGGUUUUCUGAAUGCUCUGGGCGGAUUGGUCGAGCAAUCCGGCAUUCAAGUCGAAUUAGCCAAUGGCCAAGUCCAAGUGAAACCCGGUGGCAACAACAAUAACAUCCCUACUACCACCACCACCACCACAACAACAACAACUACACCAUCUCCCGUAUUCACUCAACCGACAACAUCUACGACAAAUCAGCCAGAUCGACCACGCCAGAACAACAAACGCUGUAUUGACAGAAAUAUCGAAUAUCAAGGAGAAGACCUCUCUAUUCCGAUGAAUGGUCGAAGAAAUAAGGUCCGAAACUGGAGAGCGUGCCGCGAAAGUUGUCAGAACACGCCUGCCUGUGAACAUUUCGUUUGGGUUAAUAGGCGUGAACCCAAUCGGAGGCUGCGCCGCUCUUGCUUCUUAAAAAGUUCAAACGUCGGCUCAAUCCCAAAUGAGAACACAAUCUCAGGAUCAAGAGAUUGCGGUCGAAAUGGGGGUGGCAACAAUGACGACGACGAUGAUGAUGACGAUAACGAUGAUAAUGGUGGACAAGGAAAUAACAACGGCAAUAGCGAAGUUUGCCAAACCAUUGGUGGACCAGGACAAGGUUCCUUCUGCGUGUUCCCAUUCAUUUACAAUGGGUUUAGCCAUAAUGGUUGCAUCGUCAAGGAUGAUGCCAAUGGUAAUCCUUGGUGCUCAACCAUGGUCGAUGGAAAUCAGGUCCAUAUUGGUGGACAAGGCCGAUGGGGAAAUUGUCCAUCGUCGUGCAAAACAGACUAUAAUGGAACUCCCGCUAGGAAUGUGGUAACCGUGGCAACUACCACAACCACAACCACUACCACGACAAGAGCUCCUCCAGUUCUCGGCCGAGCUUGUGGUCAAAACGCAAAGCGAUUUCAGACGAAAAUUGUUGGUGGUCGACAAGCAGAUAAGGACGAGUGGCCUUGGCUAGUGGCCAUGAUUCGCCCCACUACCCAAGCUGAGUCCACUGGACAGUUCUGUGGAGCAGCUUUAAUUUCUGAGCAACACGUCUUGACGGCUGCUCAUUGUGUUGUUCCUUUCACAAAGGAGCAAAUCACAAUUCGAGUGGGUGAAUAUGAUUUCAAAGAAGAGGGCGAGACACUAAAUAGCGACUUCAAGGUUGAGUCCAUAAACAGUCAUACGGACUACAACUCCCGGACUUUCGAGAACGACAUUGCCGUGUUAAAAUUGGAAAAGCCCAUUACCAUCAAUAAGUCCGUCUAUCCAAUUUGUCUGCCAGCACCUGGAACAGAUUUCACAAACACGAGGGCUAAUGUAGUAGGCUGGGGUACCAUUUAUUUUGGUGGGCCGUCCGCCACAGUUCUGCAAGAGGUCGCAAUUCGUGUAUGGGCCAACCAGGAGUGUGCGGCCAAUUAUGGUAAACUCAACCGCGAAGUCACCGACAAAAUGAUGUGUGCCGGGGACGAUGGAAAGGACGCUUGUCAGGGCGAUUCUGGAGGACCCUUGAACUGCUUAAACCAGAGCGAUGGGCGAUGGGAAGUCUGCGGAGUUGUCUCUUGGGGGGCCCGAUGCGCGGAAAAGGAUUUUCCAGGUGUUUAUACAAAAGUGACAAAGUACCUCGAUUGGAUUCAAGAAAACAUGGUUUAAAGUUGUAUUAAAUAGAGCUUAUUUGAUGAGUU